AUGAACGCCAGUCUCCGCUCAAGUCGAUCGUCAUAUGGGGAUCCCCGGUAUCUCUCAACUGCGACGCUCUCGGAUCCCCAUGGUCCACCAUCGCAGUCCGUGGCCGCUGGCUAUCGCGAUGAAGUGCACCUCCAUAAUGAUCAAGCACAGUACGAGCCGAUCCAGGCAAUCCGCUCGCCUGGGCCGACUCAAGUCAACCUGAGCGACCCGGUAAUGAUGUACCUCUUGACGGAAACCGCCAUCGGGGACAGCGCCCAAUACGAGAUCCUCUCUUUCGAGGAGGUGGAACACCUCAAAAAGGAGCGCAGUCUUUUGACGCCGCGGAUCGACAGCACAAAGCGAAAACUUGCCCUGGAAACUAAAAUUCGAGACGCUGCCCAAUCUCUCGGCAGACUCGACAGGCCUCCCAGUCCCCGGAGCAGCAGCGAGUAUGGUGGUCGUACCCCAAGCGACACCGGAGCAGGGCUCGACAAAAGCGACUCGGAAUUGGCCAUGAGUCAGAGACGAUGCGACGAGCUGGCGCAAGAGCUGCAAAGGCUCGAAGCAAGGUCCAGUGAAAUCUCCCAGCGCUUGCUCGAACACACUGCCGGUGUCCUGCAGAUGACACACAAGGGAUUGAAAAAGACCCGUCCAAAUGAGCAAAAGCACGAUGAAGCCGAGGACAGCUAUGAGUUCGACGACCGCAGCCUGUACCGGACCCCGGAGCAUUUGGACAACUUCGGCACGCACGGGAGGAUAGAGAGCAACGCUUUGAAUACAAUCACGGAUAUGGAGUCGCAGAAGCGGCUCGAAGGUCUCAGUGAGCACCUCUGUCGGCUGCUGAUGCAAGCCAACCGAGGCGAAUUCGUCGAGCCGCCACCACACCCCGGCACGCCGUCAUCCACAAUCGAAAUGCAUCUCAUGUAUUUGGAGAAUGGCAUUCGGUCCUUGCAGUCUUAUGGUUCGACAGGAUCUGUGCCCGCCGACGAAACGAGCGCAUCUGCAGACGCAGAAAAUGCAUGGAAAGCUCAGCUCAUGGAGAUCAACGGCCGUGUUCAGAGCAUCGUUGAUCGAUUCGGCUUGACACGAUCUCCGGCCCUGCCCCCGCCACCAGAACUCUCGGACAGCGAGGGCUUGCAGGAACAGCUUUCAUAUCUUCAGGCGGGCGUAGACGCUCUAGCCACCCGGGUCGAUGGUUUGCUGGAGCAAAAGAGUAUCCUUACCACCCAGAUUCAACAACAGCGCGAGCUCAACAACAAGUCGGACGCCGAACGUGAUGCCCAUAUUGCCGAUCUCACAGAGCAGCUGGCCCAGAUGCGACGGAAUUUCGAAGCCUCUGAACAGGAGAGCAAAGCUCAUCAGGAUCAAGUGGCAGUGAUCACGCAACAGCUGGAGGCCCUGCGCAAUGAUGGUUCCUCCACGGACAAGAUCAAAGCGUCCCUGAUACAGGCUGAGGGUGAAAUCGCCCGCUUGCAGGGGGCCUUGGACUCGCUUCACAACGAAGCUGACCUGCGCGCGGAGGAGGUUCGAGAGGCUCAUGACCACACCGAGGAAGUGAGAGAGGCGAAUGAACGCGCCAUGCAGGAGAUUGCCCAGCUUGAGGCUGAAAUUGAUCAAGUUCGCAGUGAAUCAAAUGCGCAAUUGUCCGAUGCCCGGGGCGAGCGUGAUCAAUUGGAUGCUCAGUUGAAGGCGGCAUAUGUUCAGCGUGACGAGAUCGAGGCGCAGCUGAAGCAACUCGCCGAUCAACGCGACCAGGACCAUGCUCAACUCAAGCAAGCUAUCGACCAACGUGCGCAAGCUGAUGCUCAACUGAAGCAGGUGGUCGAAGAACGAAACCAGAUGGAGGUUCAAAUUAGGGAGGCACUCACUCAGCGUGAGCGAGCUGAGCAGAAUGCCAUCCAGCUACAAAAGGAGAUGACCGAGCUCGAAGGUGAAAUGGUCCGCAUCACCACCGAACUGACGAUGGUGAAGGCCGAACUAGAUGGAGCCUACGGCACCCGAGCGCAAAGGGCCGCCGAGGUGGCAGCAAACCCCGAAAUCCAGAAGGAACUGGAUCACCUGCGGACUCGUAAUAUUGAACUGACCGAGGAGCUCGCCAUGCUCAAGGGCCUCCCCAGCGGCGGCAAUUUCCAGCAACGGGCCGAUACACUCGAGAGGGAACUACGGGAGACUCUCGAUGAUUACGAAGCAAUGACCAAGGCAAGCAUCGAGUUUGAGAAGGAGCGGGAGCAAUUCGAAAAUCUCAUCGACGCAAUGCGCGAUCGAUGCGAGCAGCUGGAGCAGCAGCUCAGCGAGGAGCGUAUUAAUUGGAUGAACUUGAACAGCCCCGGUUCCGUGGGUCGCGAUGGAUCCGAGACUACCUCGACAAUGGUCCUGAAGAAUGAAUUCAAGAAGAUGAUGCGGGACACACGUAAUGAGAAUAUGAAGAUCUUAAAGAGAGAACAAGAGGAGCGCCGCAGGCUCGAGGGUCUUCUCCGAGCUCUCAGAAAAGAGCACGCCCAAGUCACCGGCAAAAUUAUUGUCAGCCCUGUGGGCACCCCAUCAUGA